GAAAGGCCCAUACACACAGCCCAACUGUUAUCGUUAUCGCCCUCAUUGAUAAAACCCCUUAAUUUUUAGAACCACAAUUCUCCUCUCAGCACAGCAAAACCCUAGCCGUAACGCAAAUUACUGCGACUCACCGUCACCGGCAACAAAUGGCGGACGUUAAUCCAGAUGUGGCGGCGGCGCAGCCAAAGAAGAGGACAUUCAAGAAGUUCAGCUUCAAAGGCGUCGAUCUCGAUGCGCUCCUCGAUAUGCCCAUUGAUGAGCUCGUCAAGCUUUUGAACGCUCGCGCUAGAAGAAGGUUUCAGAGAGGUUUGAACAGGAAGCCAAUGGCUUUGAUCAAGAAGUUGCGCAAGGCGAAACUUGAAGCCCCAGCUGGUGAAAAGCCUGCUCUUGUCAGAACCCAUCUCCGGAACAUGAUCAUUGUCCCUGAGAUGAUCGGUAGCGUCCUCGGAGUGUACAAUGGCAAGACCUUCAAUCCAGUUGAAAUCAAGCCUGAGAUGAUUGGCCACUAUCUUGCAGAGUUCUCGAUAUCAUACAAGCCCGUCAAGCACGGAAGGCCCGGUAUCGGUGCCACACACUCGUCGAGGUUCAUUCCUCUGAAGUGAGGAUUUUAUCAGUGGAAGGAAGGAAAGGGUGUUUACUUUUAAUUCCUAGGCUUUGAUCUUUCUAUGUUUUUCUUGGAAUUUUGCCAGUCAUACUUGAGUUUUGAUUGAGAUCUUUAGACUAUUUUUGCGUUUGUUCUCACAUAUUUACCCAACUGCAUAGCUUGUGAUCUUGACUGUGCCAAAGUAAUUCUUGGAAUGAUAUGGUUGUGAGAUUAAUUUUUU